UAUUUUCUGCGCAAUAGACGUGUUUCGAGGUCCGCUUACGCACGUUCCGUGAAGAUUUAUUUGGAAAUAAGCAAUUAAAUUAUUUCACGUGUAUCAGUUACGAACUAAGUGACGGAAUUAAAUUAUAUAGACUUCCUUUAGAUCCUGGUUUGUUUUGGACUUUGUUGGAGACUUCAAUUGCGAGUUAUUCCGCAAUAAUAACAAGCUGAGUAAUCUAAUAUAGGUAGUUGCUAUCGACUAACGCGGAACACACGAAUGAAGAACUUAGUAUAAAAAAAAUGGACGAAACGUGACACAAAUCAAAAGCUAGCUAAACAUACACAGUGAUCUCAUAAUAAAUCAAAAUGCCGGCGAUACUGACCAAGAUACGGGAGCAAGCGUCGAGGGUUCAGCCGUCGAUAGCUGUCGGCGUCGGUGUUGGCGUGGCCUUAGCGGCGUGUGCGCUCUACGGCACGAGGGAGAGGAAGCAGGCUUCUUGUAACAACAACAAUAAUAAUUAUAAGAUUGCAAAAAAUGGCGAAUUACAUUCAGUGCAGAACGGGUCCAACGGACAAACUUGCGGCGGGCGCUGCGGCGCUGAGCAGUGCGCCCUCUGUCGGGGGGACGUCGAUACCGACAACAAACAGAACAUCGAGGACGCCGAAGAACCAGCCCCAGAAGAGAAGCAUGUCCCCGGUCUAAACCUAGAGUUCCUCCGGCAAAUGGUCUCACUGGCUAAAAUCAUGGUGCCAGGGUUCCGUAGCCACGAAGUAGCCUUGCUGACUGGGCACACGCUGUGCUUGUUCACUAGGACUCUCCUCUCCAUCUACGUGGCAGCUUUAGAGGGGUCUAUAAUGAAACAUAUAGUGCAAAAGGACCUCAAGAAAUUUGCUGCCCUCCUCCUCCAGUGGUUCGGUAUCGCCAUCCCAGCUACCUUCAUCAACUCCAUGAUCAGAUACCUGGAGAGCAGACUAGCCCUGGCCUUCAGGACGAGACUGGUGAACCACGCCUAUGACCUGUACUUCAAGAACCAGACGUAUUAUAGGGUGGCCAAUUUGGAUGCUAGGAUUGAGAACGCUGAUCAUAGAUUAACAGAAGACGUGUCAGUAUUCACGCAGUCUGUGGCGCAUCUGUACGGGUCGCUGACGAAGCCCUGCUUUGAUCUGCUUCUCAUAGUGUUGACCCUGGCCAGCUAUUCUAGCAAAAUGAAGGGCAACAUAUUCAUUGGACCCGGCUUCGCCACAGUGGUCAUCUGCAUGACCGGCCAAGUCCUGCGGAUGCUGUCGCCUCGCUUCGGGGCCUUGGCUGGAGAGGAAGCUCGCAUGAAAGCCAAUCUCCGACAUGUGCAUGCGUCUAUCAUCGCUCAUGCUGAGGAGGUCGCGUUCUACGGUGGACAUAAGGUGGAACUAGGCCAACUCCAAUCCGCCUACAAACAGCUGGUGGCCCAGAUGACGGGCGUCUUCAACAAGAAGCUGUGGUACGUGAUGCUGGAGCAGUUCUGCAUGAAGUACGUGUGGAGCGGCACCGGCAUGGUCAUGCUGGCGCUGCCCAUCCUCACCGGCACCAAGGGAGACGGGUCGACGAGCGAAGGCAUCAGCGCACGAACAGAAUAUAUGACUACUUCUAGACAUCUGCUGAAUUCCGCAGCGGACGCUAUUGAAAGACUUAUGUCCAGUUACAAGGAAGUAGUAACGCUGGCCGGCUACGCCGAACGCGUGUCAGACAUGUUAGAUGUGUUCGGUGAGGUGGCGCGCGGAGAAUGCGUCCGAAACGUCCACGUGUCCGCCUCCAAGGACAACCCUAACGCGUUCCAAGUCACCUUCAGGGACAAGCGGCCUGUGCCGCAAGGAAAAAUCUCCUACACGAACGACCUGUCAAUCCGACUUCGCAACGUGCCUAUAGUGACGCCAGCGUGCGACGUCGUCGCUAGUGGCGUGUCGUUAGACAUCGCGCCAGGCACGCAUCUGCUCAUAGUGGGGCCCAACGGCUGCGGGAAGUCCAGCUUGUUCCGCAUCAUCUCCGGUCUGUGGCCCGUGCACGGCGGCUCGCUGGCCGUGCCGCGGCCGUGCGCCUGCCCGCACUGCUCCGACGAUGCUCCUCCGACCGGCCACUGCACCUCCAGACCCAUCAUGUUCUACAUCCCGCAGCGGCCUUACAUGUCAAUGGGCUCGCUAAUGGACCAAGUGACGUAUCCGACGCGCGUCUCGCCCGACGACCAGGAAGCGUUUGACCGCGCGACGCACAUCCUCAAGGUCGUGCGGCUCGACGCAUGCGCGGCGCGGCAUGGCGGCCUCAAGGCCGUCCGUGAUUGGCGGGCCACGUUGAGUGGAGGGGAAAAGCAGAGGAUGGCUAUGGCUAGAAUGUUCUAUCACAGGCCUGUAUACGCGUUGCUGGAUGAAUGCACGAGCGCCGUUUCCAUGGAAACGGAGGUCGUCAUGUAUGAAGAGGCGGUGAAAGAGGGCAUUACACUCCUCUCUAUCACACACAGGCCUAGCGUGUGGAAAUACCACACUCACGUUCUGGAGUUCGACGGAGCCGGCAGCUGGUCGUUCCGGCCUCUAGAGAAAGACGCGCCCGCCAUCACCCCCUCCCUCCCCCCUCCCACCACCACACAGAGCGACAGUGACUAGACCAUAAACUAGGAAUCCUCUAUACCAUGGUAUAAUAAUAUACUCCGCCUGGUACUCUCUUCCCGUCUUUUCGUGGUCACGUGACUGACACAAGCCUACGUCAUCAUGUGACAGCGCUAUAUGAUAAUAUGCGAUAGCGCUAUAUAUAGCGGCCAUGUUAUUGUGACGUAGGCUUGUGUCACUCUGGGAAGAGAAGACCAUGUUUUAUUAGACUAUGCUUUAUACGGCAAACCGUAAUUAAAGACCGAAAAAAGUAAGAAAAUGUUGCUACUUUUUAGCGCGUCUUGUAUUUAUGUAAAAAUAAGUAAGUAAAAGUACUUUUUUAAAUCGUAGGAGUAAAAUUACUUAUAAAUAAAUUAUCUUAGCGUGAUUAUUUAUCACAAGGAAUUUACUAUAUUACAAACAAAUUAUGGCAGUGGCAACAUUGUCUUACUUUUUUUUAGUCUUAAAUUACGUUUUGCAGUUUAGACGGAGUUUAGAGCAAUUAUUUCAUGAAACCGAUGCUGCCAAAAAUACUGGGGUGCGGGGGACGAGGUGAGCGAGUCCCGUGCCGUGAUUGGUCCGUUCAAAGACACGGGCGUCACACAAAGACACUUGAAUCGAAAAUGGAGUAAAACUACCGCAUAUUGUGGCAGACGGGAGCUAAUAUGCUCAGUCUGGAGGAUGACUUGUCUGUGGAUUAGACAAAUAGAGGACAGAAGUUGUAACCUUUUGACCGCCAGAGACGUUAACUACUGGUUACAGGCCAAUAUCAACCUUCGUGCAAUGUGAUAAGGUUCACGAUGGCGCGCCGCAGAUUAGGCGUAGCGGUCAAAAGGGGUAAUGGUUGUUUGAGUGAGAUUUUGACCAUAACACUGAUUUAAGGCCAGGCCAUACUGGCUGCGUGCGCGAAAAUGCUGGAGCCGUGCACGCACACGUCACGCAAGCGAUGUGUCGUCUCUCAUAAGGAACUGUAUAUUACAACUUGCACGUUGCACACGCAGUCGGUGUGCACAGGCCUUUAAUGUUCAUAAAAGUUUCAUCCAAGACUUAUAGAGAACAUCAAAUCGUGUGAUCAAUUGUAUAAUAUUGACAGAACUAAACCUAUUGUCAUUAGAUUUAACCAAGACUAAACAAAAGCAUUAAGUAUUAAUUCUUAUCCAUUUUAACUGGAAACAUCCAAUAUGUAGUAGAUUUGAGUUUUUCUUUGAUUUUGAGGUUAUGCUUUAACAAAGCAAGUCAUUCAUAAUUUCUUACUAGCGACCGGUCCCGGUUUCGCACGGGUAUAGAAUUUUAAGUUGAAGACAGAUACGGGGGACUUUGUUUAUGAUAUAGUGAUUUUCUAUAGCCGCCCGUAGACAUAGGUACAGUCACCUGCAUGGUACACAACGAAGACCGCAAUAAUAUCUGACACGAUCUUAUUUGUACAGUCAUAAGAGCGUUUCACAUAUUUUUGCAGGGUAACAUAUUUAUUCGAGACGACCCUGUACAAAACGGUAUUCCAUCCCACUGUUUGAAUUUUUUUGUUUGAUUUAAACACACAAGACAAGUAUUGGUUUGUUGGCUGCUAGAGUUAGACCGUAAAAAGUCUGCAGCGAUUUUGAUAGCCCACGCAGUGCAAGUGUCAUUUUAAACGUCAAACUUCUAUGAAAUUAUGACGUAUUAUAACACUUAAACUGCGUGGGCUAUCAAAUCCGCUGCAGACUUUUAUUGGUGCGACUAUACAAGUUGCAGUUCUGGUUAAAUCUAUUGGCGAUUAUUAUAUUCAGAAUGACGAAGUCUCUAAAUAAAGUGACGGUAAGUUUAGCCUUUUAUUCGAAACAGGAAUAUAAGUAAAAUAAACUAAGAUUAUCAAAAUAGUUCGAUUCUUAUACAGGUUGUAACGAAAAUAGUGGGGAUUCGUUUUAGGGCAUUUUCGAUAUCGAGUUCUGAUUCGGAAAAAGUAGAAUAUUUUCUUUGACCUGACCCAUACAAUUUUUUUUUUUGGUGUCAUAAAUGUCUACUUUUUCCUAAUCAUAAACGAAUGCCCACUAUUUUUUUCACCUUGUGUAAGUUUUAUUUCAACUUAGAUUAAGAUAUUUGCUUAUGAUUUUUCUGUUGGCUAUGCAAAUUCUAAUAUUAUUAAUUUUGGGGUCCGAAAUUAAUUAUUUGGUAAGUAUUGGCUCUUAGUUCAAGCGUAUACUUACUAAUGAAUCUAUUUCUUCGAGAGAAAUUUUAUUGAACACAAAGUUAGGACUUCUAAUUCGUAUGUAUUAGAAAUAUACCUACAUAUAGGUUACAAUCAGAUAUAGCUACAAUGCUGGACAAAAUAUAUAUGUGUGGAUCAGCAUUAUAUUACUAGAAAAAAUUGUUAGAAAAAUUAUUAUUACACUUGCAAUAAAGUUUAAUUUGAAGUAAGAUGGGGUAAGAUUAUCACCGGGGUAAUACUAUCACUUGUAUGGAAUCCUCAUACUAUUUGUCUUGUCCCAAGCAAAAUAAUCUGUGUUAGUCUUACCCCACCUUAUCUCAAUUGAGCAUUUUUUUGUUAUAAAUGUGCUGAAAUAUAAGAUCAAACUAAUAACGAAAUACUUCAAUAAACUUUGAUUAUAGGUUUGAUUUCUUAAUAUGAAUAUGUGGCGUUAUCUAUGAAAAGGGACCUUAUUGUCGAUGGCGCUUACGCCAUUAUUAAAGAUGCUCCGAUAUAAAUACAAUGCUGCGCGACGCUGUGCGGCGUAAGCGCCAUCGACAAUAAUGUCCCUUUUCUUAGAUAAUGCCCCAUAUAAAGAUGUACGUUUACGUACAUAAACCAUAUGUAAAAAAAACCUAUUUUAGACUCUUAAAUUGUUUUUUUAGAGUUACAUAGUUUUUUAUUUGUUCGUAAGACUUUGAAACGAAAACACUUGGUAUUUCUGGUAUUUAGUGUCUAAUUAGCAGCAUAUUUUAAACCAUUGGUUUGUUUAUGUCAUGUUUGUUUUUAUACAAAAUGUAAAGCAGGCCACUGACGAGCCUUCCAAAUGGACGCCGUUACAAUGGAUUCAUCCAAAUGGACGGCAUCCUAAUAUUAAACAUUGUACUUUUUUGACAUUCACGGACCGAUUUUGGAUUGCAGCCACGCUAUUUGGACUGUUGGAAGGCUCGUCAGUGGCUACCUUAAUUUGACUUGUUCAACUUAAAGAAACAAUGUAUUGGGCUUAAAAACUUGUAGAAAAAAAUCGUGUGUGCGAGUAUGUGUAAUCGAUGAAAAUACUAAUUUGUACCUUUUGUUUUAAAUUAAAACAACGUUUUAAGUUACAAAAUAACCAAGAAUUAUGUAAACAAGGAUGUUGUAGCUAUAAAAUAUUAUUAAAAACAUUACAAUCAGAGAUUCCUAGAUUUUUUCCAAAGUAAUCAAAAACGGGGUAUUAUCAAUUAUGCCCCUGUAAUUUAGCUGUGUUAUUAUUAUCAUAUUGUACCAGUUAUAGUGUUAUUUAUUUUUUAAGAAUCGGGUGAUACGGGGUGGUGACAACUUUUGUAUAAAGUCAGACCAAGAAUGGUCUGCAGCGGAUUUGAUAGCCCACGCAGUGAAAGUGUUAUUUUAAACGUCAAACUUCUAUGAAAUUAUGACGCAUUAAUGAUACUUGCACUGAGUGGGCUAUCAAACCCGCUGCAGACUUUUUGUGGUCUGACUCUAAAUAUUUUUUAUAGGCUGCUCAGUUUUUUAUCCUCGCCAGUUUUUGUAUUUUUUUUAAUGUUGCCACCCAAAAAAAACUAAGAAAAUUUUGAUAGAGAUUAAUAUUCGAAAUGGCUGUUUAUGUUUUAAGGUGUUUUGUCUUUUUUACCUCUUGGAUUGUACAGUCAGCAGCAGAAGUUGCUAAGCGGACCAGGUGUUCAAAAUAUUGUUGACGCGACUUUAUUGUUACGAGAAUAAGAGCGUGUCAAGAUUAUUUUGAACACCUCGCCCGCUUAGCAACUUCUGCUGCUGACUGUAUGUUUUAUAUAUUAUAGACAAUUUAGUGUAUUAUACAGUCAGAUACAAAUACAUCUGACCUCCAAGAAGUUUGUUUGCCGUGGGGUCACUAUUUUCUGUUGCUGACUAUACAAUGUAAAAAUCAGUCUGCACCGAAUAUAUACACGGUGUAACAUGAGGAAACCGAAUAAUUUUAACAGCGUAUUCCUGAUCAUAUUUAGAGACAAAAAUGUCCUAUAAACUUUUUUGAAAUUCGCCUAGUUCCAGGGAUAAUAUUAAUUAAAAAAUAAACAAGUUUUUAUUGUUACAUAGUGUAUAAGGCCUUUUUGAUGGUGAUGUUGCUGCUAUGGGACGUAGUCUAAAUAUCCUUAUUGAUAGAUGUCAAAAAGUGACAAGUAGGUAACUCUUUGCAAAAAAGUAGGUUUUACGAAAAAAAAUAAAAAAAUCAAUUUUAAGUGACAAGUUUAGCAAUAACAUAAAUUUUUUUAUGUACAAAUACAUUCAAAAAAUUUUAAAAACCAAAAAAAAAAAAUUUUUUUUGUCGAAAUUGACCUAAACUCGUUACAUUUUUUCCUUCUUUUGACCUCAGAAAUGCGUGGUUAAAAUUAUUCGGUUUCCUCAUGUUACACCGUGUAGUGACGCCCAAAGUAGCCAUUAUGGAAGGUAACAAAGAUGUGUAACGAUAUAUUUGGCCACUUUGACCGUCAGUAGGGUAUUUGAAGAUGACUGUACAGUCGCUGUCAGAUAUAUCGGAGCGGCCAAGGUGUUCACAAUAUCUGAACACGCACUCUAACGCCUUGGCAAUAGAGGUGUGUUCAGAUAUUUGUGAGCGCCUUGGGUGCUUCGAUAUAUAUGAUGGCGACUGUACAUAAGAUAUACUAAUUUCAAAAAAUGUGAUGGUUAUGAGAAUUUAUUAAGUCAGAGAUUUCAUUGACAUUAAUUCGGUAUUUUAUUUUUUAUUACUAUAUUUUGUCGGAUUUUUAUAUAAUUAAGACAUAUCGUGUAUUCUUAUGGACCAGGACCUAACUUAGCUAUGUAUAGCGAAACGUAUUAUUUAUUUACAUGGAGUUAUUCCUACCAUUUGUAAAUUGUAAAUACCUAAUAAAUAUUAGUUGUAAGCGACUUGAGGGAUAUUCGUGAGAAAUAAACGGGGUUUUAUAAUUA